CGUAAUCGCUAUGUGGAACACUGAAAAGAGUAUUUCAGGCGCUGUGAACGCUUGGUAGAACGCACCAAUAUCUCAUAUCCUCUACAUAAAGUCAAAAUUGACAGUUUAUAUAUAAUGUGAGGUUAUUUAUUUAUAAUAAAACAUGUUUUAUAUAAUUGGAUUAGGUUUGGGAGAUCCUCAAGAUAUUACUGUUAAAGGUCUAGAAAUUGUGAGAAAAUGUGAUAGAGUAUAUUUAGAAUCUUAUACAUCUAUAUUAACCUGUGGAACAGAGGAAUUACAGAAAUUCUACGGAAGACCUUUAAUUGUUGCAGACAGAGACUUAGUGGAGCUAGAAGCUAAUGUUAUUCUACAAGGAGCGAGAGAGGAAAAUGUGGCAUUGUUAGUAGUAGGUGAUCCUUUUGGUGCUACAACACAUACUGAUAUCAUCCUACGAGCCAAAGAAAAAAAUAUACCAGUUCAAGUGGUUCAUAAUGCUUCUGUAUUAAAUGCUGUAGGUUGUUGUGGUUUGCAACUAUAUAGUUUUGGGGAGACUGUUUCCAUUCCACUUUGGACAGAUACCUGGCAACCAGAUAGUUUUUAUGACAAAAUAGUGAAUAAUUUUAAAAAUAAAUUGCAUACAUUAUGUUUAUUGGAUAUAAAAGUGAAAGAGCCAACCUUAGAAAGUUUAACUAUGAAAAGAAAAGUGUAUUUGCCUCCAAAAUUCAUGACAGUUAGUGAAGCUUCUCAACAAUUAAAACAGAUUAUUAAAAGAAAAAGAGAAGCUGGAGAGAAGCCUAUAGUAGCAGAGGAAGUGUUAUGUGUAGGAUUAGCUAGGAUUGGAUCAGAUACUCAGAAAAUUGUUGUAUGCAAUUUAGAAAUGAUGUCUGCAGUUGAUUUAGGUGCACCUUUACAUUCUUUGAUAAUUAUAGGACCUGUUAUACAUCCAAUUGAAAUGGAAUACUUAUCACAAUUUUCAUUAAAUAAUUCUGGAUCAUUUUUGUCAUAAUAAAUCGGUUAUUUUUACACAUUUUUUAUUAACUUUAUAUUCUAUUGAAACUACGGCUUAAAAAUAAAUUUUAUUUACAAUUAAAAAAUGAGACCACUCUAGCUAUACUAUUAAAUUCAAAAUGUCCUACCAUUCCAAAAUAUAUUUUUCUUUUGUGUAGAUUUAAACUUUAUUUCACUGCAUCUUUAUCAACUUCAGAACCAUGAUGAAGGAUUAUUUUUUAUAGUACCUGUACCAAAAGAACAAAACUAUUUUAAAAAUGAUUUACUUAUGUGAAUUUUGUAAAUGUGUCAAUAAUAAUUAAAUAUAUUUUGGACCUUUUUCCAACAAGUAUUCCAGAUGAAUUUAUUAAAAUCAUUGUGAAAAUAUGUACAGUUACGUUUUGUACUUGUAUAGACUAAAAAAAUUUCAGAAUAAAACUUUUUAUUAUUUUGCCUUUGAA